AUGGGAAAGGACAAAGCCCCUGGCCCCGACGGCUAUCCCCCAAGCUUCUACAUCCACCACUGGGAAACAGUAAAUGAAGAUCUCACCGAGAUGGUGGUUCAUUUUUUCACCCAUCUUGAACUCCCACACUUUAUUAAUGACACUUCUCUAGUCCUAGUCCCAAAAAAAGACUCUCCAUCCACAAUCAAUGACUACCGACCCAUCGCGCUUUGCAAUGUAGCGUACAAAAUAAUCUCCAAGAUUAUUGCUACAAGAUUGAGAAACAUACUACCGAGGAUCAUAUCUCCAAAUCAAGCGGCAUUUGUUCGAGGAAGGCACAUUGCUGAAAAUACAAUGAUCGCAAGGGAAGUGGUGCAUUCUAUGAAUAAAAGACGAGGCAAACGAGGAUACAUGCUUUUGAAACUAGAUUUGGAAAAGGCAUACGACAAACUGGAUUGGGAUUUUCUCAUUUCGGUGCUUCAUCAAAUUGGUUUCGGAAGUCCUUUCAUAGAUUGGAUCAAAGCUUGCAUCUCCGUAGCUGAAAUCAAACUUCUGUUAAAUGGCUCAGUUGUUGGUAAAUUUAGUCCGGAGAGAGGACUCCGGCAAGGGGAUCCGUUAUCGCCAUCCCUUUACAUAAUGGCAGCUGAAGCCCUUUCUCACCUUCUCAUCAAAAAGGAAAAUGAAGGUGGGCUCAAAGGCUUCAAACUCGCUAGAAAUGGAACUCCAAUAACACAUUUGAUGUUUGCUGACGACAUCAUACUUUUUGGCGAGGCGUCUGCACGUGAAGCUAGAUCCCUCCUAGAUUGCCUUGAAUCUUAUUGUCAUAGCUCGGGUCAGAAAAUCAACUUCUUGAAGUCCUCUGUUUGCUUCUCCAAAGGUGUCUCGGCCAGAAAAGCUCAGUCAAUUGCAACGAUUCUGGGUGUGAGGAGAAUGAACCGAUCGGCCACCUACUUGGGACUCCCUCUAUUCCGGUCAACUAAGAGGACAGAGGAUACUAAACAUUUGGUUGAUCGUGUGAUUCAAAGAAUACAAGGAUGGAAAGUAAAGCUUCUAUCAAAUGCUGGCAAGAGUUGUUUGAUCAAGGCAGUAGGUUCGAGUUUGGCAAAUUAUGUGGCUUCAUCUGAUGUUAUUCCCGCAACUACCGCCAACAAGAUCGACAAACUUUUGAGAGACUUUUGGUGGGGCGACACAGAAGACAAGCGUAAACUUCACACGAUAGCCUGGGAGCGUCUUUGCAAACCAAAAACUAAUGGGGGAUUGGGGUUUCGAACAACGGAGAAUAUGAACAAGGCGUUCCUUAUGAAGUGGGCUUGGAAAAUUCUGAACUCAGACCGAUCCUUGUGGAGCCAACUUAUGAACGACAAAUAUAUGAAGAACGAAGGCUUCUUUGACAUGGAGAUUAAGGCCUCCGAUACAACACUUUGGAAGGCCAUUCUUCGCAUCCGUGGUGACUUCCAAAAAGGAAUUUGUCGGAAAAUUGGAAAUGGGAAUGCAACCUCCAUAUGGUUCGAUCCGUGGGUUCCAGGCGAGAAUAGACAACCAAUGCCCCGACUUGAUGCCUCUGAAGGAGUGAGUUUGGUAAGUAACUUUAUCUCGAACCAACAAUGGAACGAGGAGCUAGUUCGGAAAUGGUUCACAAGGGAUGAUGCUAAAAGAAUUCUCAACAUAUCCCUGCCUGAAAGCUCGACCAACGAUUCCUGGCUUUGGCUUCCGGAACAGAACGAUCAGUUCUCCAUUAAGUCCGCCUGUAGACUGAUAUCGAAUCAUAAUUCGAAUGCAAACUUGGACAGGAAAUGGAGAAUUAUAUGGGGUGCGAAAAUUCACAACCGAUUGAAAUUUCUGUGGUGGAGAAUCUUAUCCAAUUGCCUUCCCACCAAAGGUAAGAUUGGAUCCUUUUUUCCCAUCACUGAUAUAACUUGUGCGAAUUGUUCAUCCUCUGAGGAAAGUAGUUUCCACCUAUUUUGGGAGUGUACCCUGGCUAGAGCUAUAUGGUUUGGUUGUUCCUGGAACAUUAGAACAUCUAUUCCUUUCCUUUCAAAUUGGGAGGAGUGGAUGCAAUGGUUUAUUGAGCGAGAUAACAGACCAUAUGCUAUGAAUCUCAAUCGUUUCCUAGGAGGGGCUGCCCUUAUCUUUGAAAGUAUUUGGAAGGAGAGAAAUUCAAUCCUUCACGGAAAACAACCUAUCCCCUUGAAGGUGCGAAUUGACCAUAUAAAUAGUAGGCUGUGUGAGUUGGACUCUAUUCAGGAGUGCACCGACCCUCUUAAUACUGAGUGGAAUCCACCUCCGGAAGGGUGGAUUGCUUGUAACUCGGAUGUGGCCAUUGGUCAAUCUCAGUCUACGGGGGCAGUUGUAUUUAGAGACGCGUAUGGAACUAUCCUCGGCAUCUCAACGUUCAAAUCUCACUUCAGUGACCCGCUGCCAGGGGAGGUCGAUGCUAUCUGCGAAGGUGCGGCAGCAGCCAUAAACUUCGGCUUUAGAAAUGUCAUCUUCCAGAGUGAUUUGCUGAAUGCAGUCAGCGCAAUGAAAAGCAGGGAUUCUGAUGUCCAAAAGUUGCACUUCAACAUUCAAGACAAGGUAAAGAAGUUCAUCGAUCUCUCGGCGAAAUUCAACCUUCACGAGGUCAUCUGGACCCCUCGUUCGUGUAAUGGUGUGGCCCACUCUGUGGCUCGAUGGGCAAACCGAAACAACAUGUUUGGAGUUUUGGAUUUGGCCAAUUUUGAUGAUUUCCUGCAGUUGAUUGUUGCAGAUGGUCAUACUCGGUCCUAG